AUGGCACCGAGAACCGCCACGAUCCCAGUGGCUCAAAUGCCGCAACAAGCUGGCGUUCGGGGCCCCCAAGAUGACUGGACGGGCAUCAUCGAUCGAAAAGAACGAAGAAGAUUGCAGAAUCGGAUUAAUCAACGCUCAUAUCGGCUACGGCAGAUACGACGACACAAAGUUGACCAACCACCGGAGGAAAGUAGCGGUGCAAUGAUCGCCUCUCGUCCGACUAACAACGGCAAUGAUGACAAAGUAUUGGGCGAAUUCCAAUGCAAACUGGGUCAACUGCGCAUCUACUCACUGAUGCGCGAUUUCGAAACGUCAGCCCUAGAGAGCUAUUCAAAGAACUCGCCAAACCAGGACCACCUUCUCAGUCUACCAAAAUUCAAUAUUCAGCGCGCGAUCAUUGACAACACAGUCGCUAUGGGCAUGACCAUGGAGUGGAUGAAUGAUGAUGACGCCGUAUCCAUCUUCAACAUGCAGGGGCCCGGGAUCUCUGAAGCCCUCAUUCCAGCAAGUCUCCGGCCGACAAUAGUCCAGCGGCGUAUACCCCAUCACCCAUGGCUGGAUUUCUUCCCCUUUCCCAACUUAAGGGACAAUCUAAUCGCCGUGCAGGAUGAAAUUGAUGACGAGGAGCUGUGUCAUGAUCUGAUGGCGUUCUGGGAUACGCGAAAUGCGGGCCCUAUGUUGUUGGUCUGGGGUCCUUCCUGGAUGCCGGGGAGCUGGGAGAUGACACCGGCGUUUGUGAAGAAGUGGGGGUUUCUACUUGGUGGCUGUGAGGAGUUAUUGCAGAGCAGUGAUUGCAUCACGGGCUACGAAGAGGCGGUCCUGAGCGCCAGCCAAUGCGGUGUUGUCGUGCGAGGACUUAUCCUUUGUAACCCACAUAGUCCCUUAGGGCGUUGCUUUCCUGAGGAGAAAAUCAAGGAGUUAAUGAAUCUAUGCGAACGCUACCAGAUACAUUUUAUUAGUGACGAAAUAUACGCAUUGUCCACAUGGGAAAAUAAGGAGACGUGGGAUUCUCCUCCAAUGCCUUUCGUCUCGGCCCUGGCGGUCCCGACUGAUGGGGUAAUUGACCCAGGGCUCGUGCAUGUCUUGUUGGGUAUGAGUAAGGACUUUGGCGCCAAUGGGCUCCGAAUUGGGUACCUUAUUUCUCAACACAAUUGCAAUCUUUGCACGGCGUUGCAAUCCGUUGCUCUUUGCUCUUACGUGUCCUCCAUCUCAGACCAUCUUGCCGCUGAGAUUCUCGAGAAUGUGGAUUGGGUCGAUGGGUAUAUCUCAAGCAACCGGUGUUAA